ACACGCAGGGAUUAAAGAUAUAAAUACAAUCCGUGACAUCGUGAGAGAUUCUAGUUUGCGUGACGUCGUAGAGAGAUGGUGAAGGAGGUGGUGACGACGGGGAAGACAUGUUCACAUUGUGGCCACAAUGGUCAUAACGCACGUACAUGUCUUAACGGCGUUAACAAAGGAAGCGUCAAACUGUUCGGCGUAAACAUAUCGUCCGAACCGAUUAGGUCGCCUGAGGUAACGGCGUUAAGGAAGAGUGUCAGUUUGGGAAAUCUUGAUGCCCUUCUCGCUAACGAUAUCAGUAACGGUAACGGUGAUCCAAUUGCCGCCGUCGAAGAUAACGGUUAUCAUUCGGAUGGUCAGAUUCAUUCUAAGACGGGGAGAUCCGCUCAUCAGAAGAAAAAGGGGAAGCCAUGGACGGAAGAAGAACAUCGGAUCUUCUUGGAAGGAUUGACGAAACUCGGAAAAGGAGAUUGGAGAGGAAUCGCAAAAAAAUUCGUGACGACAAGAACACCGACACAAGUCGCAAGUCAUGCUCAGAAGUAUUUUCUUAGGUUAAAUGCUAACGACAAGAGAAGAAGACGUGCUAGUCUCUUUGACAUCUCUCUCGGAGAUCAGAAGGAAGAGAAGAACUCUCAAGUGAUGACGACAGAUGCAUUAACAUCAUUAUCGAAGUUUCCAUCUAGACAACCAAUAACCGGAUCUCAAGAACAGGUUCAAACCCAAGCUGAGAUAUCAAACCGGUUUAAGAAUCUAUCAAUGGAGCACAUGCCAAUCUACCCAACCGUGCCACCUUACUACAACUUUCCAUCUGUUAUGAUACAUCCAAUGUACUACUAUCCCAAUCCUGAACAUGUUAGGUAUGUUCACCCUUCCGGUAUACCUGUACCAAGGCCUUUACCGAUUGGUAUGCCUCUACCUCAGGCAAAUGAUUCUUCUCGUAUACCAAAGAAAGAUGGUUUGGAACUUGAUAUCAGUCUGCGUCCUCCUCCUCCUCCUCCUCCACAGUCUACCGCAGAAACAGACUUGGCGGGUCAUGGCGUCAUUCAUGUGAAGUGAAAUGACAUUUUAUUUUUGAUAUUUAUUACAGAUAGAGGUAUGUUAAUUGUUUUCUUAGUUAUGUAUUCUACAUAUACCUCUUUAUUCAGAAGUUUUGUCAACCGGAUUCAUGUACAAGUUUUUUGAAGAAAAUAUACUUGGAUUUAAA